AUGCACGGGCGGUCUGUGGUCAUUGCUGCCUUCAGUUGGGCAGCGUUUGUGGCUACUGGAAACCCAGGGCCGCUUGUCCCUCGGUUAAUUCGUGCCCUGGACAGAACACUCGAUGCCCUAGGAGCCAGGAUGGAUUCAGUCUUUGCGGACGUUGCGCUGGGGCUCCGUGUUGCAAACGAUCAGCUGGAAGACUUGAUCUCAUCUACGAAACUUCACGACUCACUGUCUCGUGAGCUGCAAGACUUGAAAAGAAAAUCUGGGCGGCUGGCCGACCAGGCCGUGGCGUUGAUCAACACACGCAAAGCAGGCUACGACAUGGAGGCGAAGGCUAUCCUGAGGAAAGGACUGUGGCGCACAACUGCAAGAAAAGAAGCGGUGCCGAAAAGGCGCCCACAGGGUCACCCAGGAAAACCGCAGAGGAUAACCGAAAAGAGUUCGGGACGUUGUUUUAACGAGCUAACACCUGGUUGCCAGAACAUAUCCCGACACUGUUGGGACUUGAUGACAACAAGUGGUGGACACGGUUAUGAAGUGACGCAUCAAGUACUCUAUCUGGCUGCAGGACAAGGUUUAGGUUGCACUUCCAGGAUGGAGAGCAUGGACGAAGGCAAUAGUGGAUCCACCGUAGACGUGCUUUUGAAGCAGUUCUGCUCAGUAGUCGCCGAUGAUGCUCUGGAGUCCGCACGGCAAGGAUUCCAGCCGUCGGAGAAAAUGGACCUCUUUUUAGAGCAAGUUGCAGUCUGCGGUGCACGAGGUGUGGCUCAGUUACUGUGGCCCCCGUGGGUGAACAUGGCCCUAUCCUGGCAGAAGCCGAACGGCUGCUUCCAUCGGCCACACGACACUGCCAACAAGGUGCUCCGAACUCGCAGAUCGGAACGGGUAACUGCAGACGGCUGCCUGUUGCACAUGACAAGCGUUGCUACGGGAGCCCUGGCAGUUUGGCUGAGAUCCUUUCUGCGCCAAGCGCCACCAUUUGUCUGACCCUCUACUCUGUAUGCACCGUACGAGGUGAUGACAUUAAAACAAAAGUGCUCC